CGCAGCUUUCACCUCUGCUGACUCGUUCGCGCUUCGAUAUCCAACAAGGAAUUACAAGCAAGCAUAACAGCAGAAAACGAAAUGACGGCGCCUUAACCCAGAGCCGGGAAGGGCCAGCCAGAAAGCAACAAGAACAGCAACAGUAUCAUCAAGAUGGCCCACCCCCUCCCGCCCCCGCCCCCGCCAUCCCCCCCUCAACCUUGGCGUCGGCUGGAGCGACAGAUGGCCGCUGGUUGCCGAUGGAGGAGCCCUUGCCCCGCCUGCCCUGGCACCGCCGCGAGCCCUCGACCAGCACUCAAUGGAGGGAGGGAAGGGGCACCGAGGCCAGGGAAACCUUCCGCGGGCGGCAGUUCCUAGGUCUUCGCCCUGGCAGAUUCAGGGCCGCCCCCGUGGCAGGCGCAGCGUCAUUACCUUCUGGCAACACCCUCGUCUGUGUGUGUGUGAUCGAAGAUUUGCUGACGCUUUUUAGGACAACCAUGACGAUCCAGCUAUAUAUCAGAACGAGAAUAAAGGAAGACUUGUUCCAGGAACAGCUAUUACAGAACAGUGCCACGGGUGUUUCAGAAGACUUGGGGUCCUGGAAAAAAUGCCGCAAAAUGAAUGGCAUGAUUCAGGCCCAGAUUGCACAAUUGUAGGCCAAUACGCUGUAAUGAAUAUAAAUUAUUGAAAUAUAAUAAAUAGUCAGGCUAAAACAGUUCUGAAGUCAAAAAUAGGUAUAUCUGUAAAACGGACGAGAACAAGAGAGGAGGUGAUAGUAUGAUAGUGUCACUUUAGCGACGGCCAUGCUUCAAGCUUCUAGAUCAGGCUCGUGUUUCAGUGUCUAUGCGAAUCAUCCAGUUUCUUUUAUUUCAUGAAUACCUUAAGUUUACGUGACGUAUGACAUUCAUCCGUUAGUGUAAGAGUGUGUUGUGUGUGUGCAUCUCUUUGAAUCAUUUUUAAGGUUCAAAUAUUCGGAAGGUUGUAACUGAUUUCUGAAGACCUGGCAAGUACCCUGCAGCCAUUUGGGAAGGAGUGACAAUCAUAAGACCUUCGGUGAAAAAAAACAUUGAUAUUCAUGAAUACGUUUGUUUGAAUAUUUGUCGUUUUUGAAAUAUAGCAUGGCUUAAACUUAAAUGAAAACAUAAUUCAGUUGUUUUUUUUAUUUCUGUUGAUUAGUCAGUUAUAUCUUUAGAUUUCACAAUACAUUAAUGAAAAAAUCUUACAGCGUAAAAGAUGUCCAGCCUUCCAGAUAACUCCUUCCCAGAUCUGCGAGGAGCUUGAAGUGUCGUCUUUUCCCGAUUUUAGAACUAGAUGUUUUUUGUGUGUAAUACCAUGCCAUAUAUUCUUUAACAUUUUUGUAUAGUGUAGCAUAAAAUUCUAUUGUAAAUAUAUGUAAAUAAUGCUCUUUAAUAAACUUUCUGUUUUUCUUGUAUAA